AAGAAAGAAAGAAAGAAAGAAAGAAAGAAAGAAAGAAAGAAAGAAAGAAUUUGGACAAUGCAUUUCACUAGGGCAAGGAUCUGAACUUUUUUUACAUAAUAAAUUACACAAUCACAUGAGUUAUGUGUCUAUAAUUAUUACUGGGACCUGAAUCACAAAAGAGCCAUUGCUUUAUAAUAAUUGAAUUUACUAUCCCUAAAGCCUCUCCUUCACUGCUAAUCCAGUGUGAUAAUUAUGGGGCAGAAGCUAAAAGGUAAAGAACACUUCAAAGCCUAAUAAAUGAAUGUCUGCUCGCCUGUGCUGGCCUGGGGAUGCGCAUUCCAGUGGAAAUCCCUCCAGCAGUGAAUAGAGGGAAAAGGGAGCAGUGCUACAGAAAUGUUGCUGCUGAGAAAGUCAAACUAGGUGCAUUGUGUAAUGUUUGCAAAUGUUAUUUGCCUGUAAGAUUACAACUCCAUUUGGCACAUCAUUAGUUUAUAGCUACGGCGUAAUGUGGAAAUAAGAAAUGUGACUCGCAAGACAAUUGGGCCACGCCUCACCUUAGGCUUGUAUGUACAAACGACUUAGCAACCAUUUGAUAUUGCUUUGUAUUGUAAAUACAGUAUAGUCAUGCCCUGUGAGAUCCUUUCCUCAUAUCAAACCCUAGGAACUAACCAUUUCCAAGCGCUUUCUCCGUCAAGCAUGACAUCCUGGUAAACGCUGGAAGAUUCCAGACCUCUGAUCAACACUGACCUGCAGCUGUAGAUGGAAAACUUUUUUCAGGAGUUUGCUGGAUCCCAUGGGACAUUGGUCAAACCUUAUUACUGGUUCGAGCCAAACCAGAAUUGCUCCAAAUGCCCCUAUCAUAUAAAAACAGGGGAAGAAUCUCGUGUCACUUAUGGAGAAUUUUAUGAGGCAUUUGGAUUUCCCUAUGGCCCUACAAUGCCCGAGAACAAACAAUUAAUUUUCUAUGAAGUUAAGGAUUUUUCUGGAACAAACCUACAGAAAGGUCAAGUGACAAACUGUGUAAUAUCCAACCUCCAUGCAGAAUCUAUCUUGUUUGAGGACCAUGGUUACCUAGAUACUCUUCUGUGCCAUCAUGGUACUGUUGGCUACAUAACUCUCUAUGCCAACUACACACCUUGCAAUGAGUAUGACCAUUACUGUAUUAGCAAAAUAUACAACUUCUUGCUUAAGCACCAGGACACAAGACUGGAUAUUUACUUCUCCCAGCUGUACCAUGUUGAAGAGAACUCCCCGGCAGCUGAUUGGAACAGACAAGCCUUGAGGAGCCUUGCUAGUCUUUGGCCACGCGUGACGAUUAAUCCGCUAAGUGACGGAAUUUGGAAAAAUCUUCUUUACAAUUUUGCAAAAGGAAUUUCAUUAUCAGCACUUUAUCAACCAAUCUUGCCUGCCAGGGCAUCAGCUGACAGUUCUAAUGCUUAUGCGAUUCAUCUUAUUACGGGAAUCAAACCUUAUUUUGUGGACGUUUCACCAGCAUCUAAACUGCAAGAACCCAACCACCAUCAAGAGUCUAUGAUUCCAAAAACACAUUAUAACAUGGUUCCAAAACAUCUUAGUGGUAAUUAUCAAUAUUCUGCAUAUCCUGUGCCCCAGGGACUAAUUGCUCCUUUUCCAGUGCCCAGAAUCCAAGUCCCGCAAGUAGCCUCGUCCAAACCUAGGAAUGUGGUCAGACAUUUGAAAAUGCCAGGGCAGGUGGACAUGGACGAGGAAUUUGAUGUAGGUUCAUUUAUACCAAACGCAAAGAAGAUCAAUGAAGUUGUAAUUACAGAGAAAGUGGUAAAAGAUAUAGACAAGGAGGGGAAAGGAUAUAGUAAAAAGAAAAAUAAAGACAAAUAAUGAGACCUGACUUUUGAUUGAUGAAAUAUUUAAUGUCAUUUUAUAUCAGCUCAAGUACUGCUUCUCUGACACCACUGACAACAGCUGCAGGAUUGAUGCCUCAGCACGGUUCCGGUGUUAAACUGGAAACAUCCAAAAGAAACUGCUUUUGAAUUAUAAUGUUCAAUUUUUAGCUGCUCCUGCAUAACAUCUCAUGUGUGCCAUCACAGUGUUUAUAGUUGUGAUUAAACCCACAAAAUGUAUGCUGGGUGCCCUGAAGGGUGAUGGGUUGAUGGCAAGAUUUGCAGGUUUGCCAAAACUAUGCAGGUAUGGGACCUGUUAUCCAGAAUACUCAGGGUUUUUCAGAUAAGGGAUCUUUCCGUAAUUAAGAUCUCCAUACUUAUUUAUUAAAGGUCGUAUUGUAGUGGUUUUAGAAACCACGACUAAAUUCACAAACUCUAAAACCACCACUGUCAUUGAUUAUAAAAAGUCCAAAUGAAAAAUAGCACCGAACGAUCCGAAAAAAUACCUCGAAAAGAUCUAAAAUUUCAAAUUUGUCAGACAAUUUAUAGCGGAAAAAAAAUCUAUAAAACUUUAACAUUCAACUUCUACAGCACCUUGACCUUUACUUGGUCGAGGUUUGGCAUGAAAGGCUUUUGUGUUUUUUUUUCAAUUGAAAAAUCCCGAAUUUUUAGAGCUUUUUUUCAGAAAAAUUGCAAAACCACAAAUUUUUCAUGAUUUGUGGAAAAAGAAUCACAAUUAGAUUGUUAGUAAAUGGGCCUCUAAGUCUACUAAAAUAUUUUAGACAUUAAAUAAACCCAAUAGGCUUGUUUUGCCUCCUAUAAGGAUUAAUUAUAUUUUAGUUGGGAGCGUGCUUACCUGUGCAUCUGUGUUUAUUAAACAUUCCUAUGUCAAUAAGCUGGAUGCUAAAACUAAUGUUGCCUAUCACUAAAAUUAUGUAUUCAGAACCUUUUAUCUCAGCUUCAUUUAAAGAAAAGCUCUUUGCCCUUUGUAGUUCAUACUUCAUAUGAUUUUGGCAGGAUUUCGUUUUUUUAAUUGAAUUUUAUAUUUAAACUUGCAAUAAAUAAAACAAUUUUUUUGCCUCCGUUUUGUGAAUUGUCCUUGGCUACUGGUACAAAGGCCCUCCAAAGGGAAGAAAAUGCUCCCAGAGACCAGCAGGUGGCAGACAAGAGACAUCUUUUGAAGGCUCUAGAAACCUUUGUUUUUGCUUAGGCAGCCAGAAAAUAACACUUUUUAGCUGUAGUUCAGCCCAAUGAACUCCUCAUUGUUCAGGCCGCAUGAGAAACAUCAACUGGGGAAGCAGAGCAAUGCCCUAAAUGAUUCCAUUUCAUUCCCCAGCACUGUAAAAAUAAGAUAGAUUCCAAUUCUCCUGGACUGGCAAUGAUCAUUUAGUUGGACUCUGAACCCUGUUCCUACAGCAUCUUCUCUUACUGCUUCUUCUUCAGCUUCUUAUUCAAAAUUCCUGUGAAGUAACAGAGCCAGAGACAUCAAAUAUUCCGGAUGGAGCUUCCAUUUUGGCGUUUUUGAUGUUACCGGAUCCAUGUAAAUUUGUAGCUCAUGGAAAUUGUUGUCAAUGGGAAGCUUUGAGAAAAUGCUCAGUCAGGUGGAGGGGAGCAGAUCCGCACACGUCUUUGUCACCAUUCAGCUCGCUCUCACCUGGGCCGACCCUGCCCUGGGGACUCCACACAGCCAUUAAGAUGUAAUGUUCAAGCUUGUCUUGGUGAGCCUUUUGUGCAGAGGCUGCAUGGAAAAUGUUAUAGUGCUCUUUUGUGGAUGGAAUGUAGGCAUAUACAAUAAGCAGCAAUGUGUCUGAAUAAAACUUGAACACCUAAUACAGAUAUGGGAUCCAUUAUCUGGAAACUAGUUAUCCAAAAAGCUCAAAAUUAUGGGAA